AUGACCCACCAGCAUUCAUCCCCCCCUCUCCCAAACUUGCACGCCCUUUCCAUCUCGCCUGCACCUUACGGCGUCCAGUCCGACUACCCGUACAACGGCGUCUUUGGACCUCCCACUGCCACGCCUCCUGGAGGACAACCUGCGCGUGGUUGGACAAGCAGCCCGAAGCGUGGAUCGCGUUCGGGCAUCCCCUUGGUAAGGACACGCACGACACAGAAGCAACACAACGAGUGUAAACUGACAGAUCACUCUCAGGCAUGGUUUGAGCCGCAACCUCAGGCGUCAAUGCACCACCACCACCAGCAUCACGGCGGCGGCAGCGGCGAUGCGUUCCGGCGGGACGCAGGCUCGCCGCCCACGCUGUCGCCUCCUUCCUCGUCCGCUUCCGGAGCCACCUCGGCCCAACCCUACUACCCCGCGUUUGCUCUCGAGGCCUUUCCGUCAAUGGGCGGCCUUGCGCCCUCGCCACCGCCUCAGAUGACUCCGUACGGCAUGGGUAACGCUGGCUCGGCUGGUGGGUUUGGCGCAGGUGGACCGCUCCAGCCGUUCGGUUCGGCCCAGCUCGCUUCCAUGCCCCAGCGGCCCCAGCAGUGGCGUGCCGCUCCCAUGAUCCCCACGCCGGACGAGGAUGUCAUCCCGACGGCGAUUGUGAUCAAGAACAUUCCCUUUGCCGUGUCGCGCGAGACACUCUUGGCCAUUAUCGAGUCGCUCGGCGCGCCUCUGCCCUAUGCGUUCAACUACCACCACGACAACGGUGUCUUCCGUGGUCUGGCCUUUGCAAACUUUCGAGCACCCGAGGAGGCUGCCAGUGUCGUCGCCGCCCUCAACGGCUACGACGUGCAAGGGCGCAAGCUGCGCGUAGAGUACAAAAAGGUUCUCCAGCCUGGUGAAAAGGACCGCAUUGAGCGCGAAAAGGCCAUCAAGCGCAUGAAGUCGAUGCAGCUUGACGCGGCGGUCAAGGCGUCGCCACCUGUCCCCGCCGACAUUCAGAGCAUGCCGCCGCCGCCUGUGCGCAGCAACGGCAACUCUGCCGGCAACGGUCACCACCCGCAGUUUUCGUUUGACACGGCAGCCGACGACCGGAGCCCUCCUCAUUCCGCUGGCUCUAGCAUGAACAGCAACUCGGCCGACUUGCCCAACAGCCUCGACCUCAACGACCCCAACUCGCUGCGCAUCUACAACAUGGUCUACAUGUUCAAGGAGGACCGCAUGCGCGAUGAGCUCGUCCUGUCGCGCAACCUCUCGCCUACCGAGCGCCGUAUUGUGCACCUGGUUGCCCAAAAGCUCGACUUGACCAGUGUGACCCAGGGCGACGGUGAGGGCAAGCAUGUCGUGGUGACAAAGGACGCACCCCGCGGCGGCGGCGGCGGCACUCAGACUCCUCAGACCACCUCGUAUCUCUCUCCUUACCCAAUGGACCACCCGACCUCGACGUUGAGGAGCAAAAAGUCGAUGCCAGACCUGCGUGGGUUCAAUGGACCCGUCGUCGCCCGCGACCCUGCGCGCAGCUUGACGCCGCAACGCUCGUCGGGCAACCUCCGCGCCGAGGCAGCAGGCGGCAUCGUCGCAGGACGUGACUAUGCCUCCAUGGGCGCCUCCCACGGCCGCCGUCUCAACGGCCACGGCCUCGGUUCCGGCACGUUCAACUCGUUCUUUGGCGCACCCGUCGGUGCACCCCCCGUCCCGCCUCUGCCGGCCUCGCUGAGCGACUUGCGCGACUCGCGUGAUUCGUCCGGAGGCGGUGUCGGUGGCGACCGCACGGCAGGUGACACUGGCUCACUACCCAUGCGCAACCCCCGGGGACCAGUGGGCGAGUCGCGUGGCUUCGCGGGCAUGUUGAGGCCAGUGUCCAGCUCGCUGCGCGGUGUUCCUGGCGCCCUGGGUCUGGGACGUCGUCUGAGCGAGGAGGACGAGUACGAAGGUGCGCGGACGAGGGAGGAGCUGGACCUGUAG